AUUCUCUAGAAAUUUCUACCGACUGGGGAAUAUCGUGCGAUCAGUGCGAUACUGCGAUUCACAAAACGCAUGCAGGACAUGCAGUCACACAUGCAGUCAAUAUCUGAACGUCGGAGAAGCAAAGUGAGAGUGUUGCAGGGAUACGACAAUUAACUUUGUAAUAGUUUAUAUAUCGCCAAUCAAAUACUUAUCAAACAUUAAAGUUUUGAUUUGCCGUUAAGUUGUGAGUCAUAUUUAUUGCCAGUCCGAAGAACAACUAUGUCUAUGAAGGCUGAUGAGAUAAAAUUAGAUAUAGAUGAACUCACAAAUUUACUCCAGCAAGCAAAUCGUAAGAGAAUCAAGGAUGUAAUUAAUCUUGAAAUUAUAAAGUUACAAACAGAUUUAGAUAAAUUGCUUGAACAGCAGAAAAAUACAUCUACAAAGCCCCAUAGUGCAACAUCAAAUUCUUCUCAAAAAUGCUAUGAAGUUAAAUUAACUAAUUACGGUUGGGAGCAAACAAAUACCACAGUAAAGUUAUAUGUUACUUUGGAAAAUGUACGUCAAUUGCCUAAAGAGGCAGUAGUAUGUAACUUCACUGAGAAGUCAUUGGACCUGCGUGUUCUUGGUUUAGAGAAUAGAAACUAUAGUUUAACUAUUAACAAUCUAUGUGAACAAAUUGAUGUCAGCAAGAGUAAUGUGAAAGUGAAAACUGACACAGUUAUUGUUUCUCUUGCCAAAAAAGUGCCAAAGCAGUGGUCGCAUGUGACAGGAGUAGAAAAAAGAAUUAAAGAAUCAAAAGCAUCUUCAAUUCCGGAUGUAGCUGAAGAUGGUGAUCCUGGUGCCAGUAUAAUGAACCUUAUGAAGAAGAUGUAUCAAGAAGGAAAUGAUGAAAUGAAACAAACAAUAGCUAAAGCAUGGACAGAGAGUCAGGAGAAGAAAACAGCACUAUCAGAUUUUUAAUUUCAUGUUUAUAUGUAACUUAAGAUUCAUUAGAUGUUUA